AUGGCCCAGGUCAAACCAGAUCCGGACGCCUCUCCGUACAUCAAGCCCGAUCCCGAUAGCAAAGACGCCGUUCUUGCGGACCUGGACGAUGACAUCUAUGAAGAUGCAGGCGACUUGGACUUCUCGGUCGCAGGGCAGAACCUGUGGCUCUCACGCCUGCCGCGGCAAUUAUGGGAGCAUUGGUCGCAGCUGGAUGAUGAUGAUGAGAUCGAGAUUGGGACAAUGAGGAUAGAGGGCGAGCCAGGAGACCUCAAACGGGUCAGCUUGCGUCUCCACGAGCGCCCGGAUAAUCGUGAGAUCCCGAAAGACUACACGCUGCAACAACAGACCACCCUCUCAGAUAAUGCUACACACAUGACGGGAAAUACCUAUGUGUUUACCGAAAAGGAUAUUCCUGGCGCAGAGAACCGGAUGGCGACGUUUGGAGAGACGCGGUCUGCUCUUUACGAAGCUAUGAAGCGCGAUGCGCGGAGACGAGAACGUGGCGGCAAAUGGGAGCCAUAUGUGCGCAAGACCAUCCCGAAACAAACGGCGUUGAUCGGCCGGGCCAGCGAGGAAUUCAACUGUCUUCCCGUGGAAAACGAGGAGUUCCGGCUCAUCUCCGAGAAGCGAGCCCUCGAUGCCUUGAAGCCACGGAAAGAAACGGUCUUUAUUGACAAGCUUCCUGGGAAGGUACUCCAGUCGCGCAAUGCUCUCCCAGGAGAGAGAGGCGCUUUCGUGCAAGCCACGAGGCCCAUCAAGGGCAAGUCCCAGGAGAACAAGUCCACACGUAUGCCCCAGAACGAGCUGCUGGAUCUUAUUUUCCAGUGCUUCCGCGAGUUCAGGUACUGGCCAUUUAAAACACUCAAGGCAAAGCUGCAGCAACCCGAGGCCUAUCUCAAACAAACCUUGGAAAUGGUUGCACACCUGGUCAAGUCGGGUGAUUUCGCCAUGACAUGGGAACUGAAGCCCGAGGCAACGCAGAGUAGCUACUCGCAUUCUGCUCCCUACGGGGAUGCCAAGGCCGAGUUGGCCCCAGGAGUCGACGACACCUUUGACUCGGAAGAUGACCCGACUGCUUCUGGCAUGGCGACAGAUCAUGAUGAUGUUCAGUUUGAAAAUGUCGGCUAG